GCGAGGAGAACAUGCAAACUCCACACAGAAACGCCAACUGACCCAGCCGAGGCUCGAAUCAGCAACCUACUUGCUGUGAGGCAACAGCACUAAAGCGCCACAGCGUCGCCCCUUAUUUGGAUAAUAUGCAUUAAAAUAUUUGUUAAAACCAUUUGAUUUCAUUUUAUUUAUAUUUAUUAUUAUUUUAUUUAACCAUUUUCAGAGACGCCCAGUAUUCUUGCACCCCCAUAGCCUGCGGUCAGAGUAACAAAAGAUACACUAAAAUGAUUAAAAGAUAAUGGAUGAGUUUCUAUGAUGUCGUCUGUAAUUUAUUUUAUUUUCAAAAAUUGUGAGUUCAUGGAAAGACAUGAACUUAGUAGGAUGUGACGUGUGAGGUGACGGUCUCCAAGGCAACAGUUAUAAAUAAACUCAUCCUGACCUGCACGAACGAACGGAGCAAACUGAGCACAGGGAGAAAUGCCUAUUAAAAAAGGAAAGAAGGGAAAGAAAGGAAAAGGCAAAGGAAAGAAGGAUGGAAAGCAGGAGUCGAAGCGGGAUAAGGAGUCUGAUCUGGAAAAGGCGAAGGCGAACGCGGCUCUGUGGGAGGCGCGCUGUGACAUGACGGAGAGCGCGCGCGUUGAGUACUGUGAAGCUGCACGACGACUGAACAAAACCAACAAACAACUCAACGACCAACAACACAACACUGAAAAGAGCAGCAUCGAAAUCAUAGCUGUGCUGAGGGACAAAGACAUGCUAAACGAAGAGAAGAUUACUGCACUGGAACAACAAAUACAUCUUGAGAAAGCAAGGGCCUCUCAGGAAAAAGAGAAUUUGGUCAUAAAAUACACGCUAAAGAUCAACGAGCUGGAGGAGAAAUUCGAGAAGAGAUGCAGUGAGUUCAACGUGAUUCAGGAUGAGCUGAAGAUCAUCAAUGACUUCCUUAAAAAGAAGCCUCAAAUGGAGCAAGAACUCAGAAAUCUGAAAGAUGCUGUGGAGAAUGCAGAUCUAGAACACAAGAAAACACUUGCAAGAAUGGAGCAAAAGUUCCUAAAUAAUAAGGUUCACCUGGAGAAAGAAUCUGAGCAAAGGAUCGCUGUGCUUGCAGAAAGAGCUCACAAUGAAGCCAUCAUACACCUGGAUGACACUUCUCGCUCCAUGUUUAAGGAGAACGUGCGUCUAAAGAAAGCAUUGGGUUACCACAUUAAAGAGGUGGAGGAUCUGCGGAAGAGGAAUACAGCACUGGCUGAAGAAAACGACAUGCUUGCUCUGCAGAAGGAAUCCACCUUAGAGUCUGCCAAUGACACCAUCUCCAAUCUCACAGCACAGCGAAGCAGAGUUUCUGAGCUGAGGAUGAAGGUGUCCACACUGGAGCAGACCCUGGCCAACAUGGUGUCUGCGUUUGAGAAGGAGAAGAGCGAAAUCAAGCAGCGUGCAGUGGUCAGAGCUCAAGCUGGUGGUGUAGAGCUGGACAAACUGCAGAAAGUGCUGAUUGUUCGGGACAGAGAGCUGAGCCGAGUGAAGAGAACAGCUCGCAGCGUCGUGGAGCAGCGAUCCGAUAUGGAGAUCCUCUUCCAUGAGGCACUGAACCACGUGAAGCAGGAGAUACUAAUGCAGAGACAGGAAGCAGAGGUGAAUCAUAGCAGGCGGAUGGAUGAGUUCUUAUCAGGCAAAAGAGAGAAAGCUCACAUUCACACCAUGAGCAAAACUCCUCACAGCACCCGCAGCUUGUCCAUUGCUUUAAAUGAGGCUGAAAAAGGUCUGAAGAAAGCCGUCAGUGUUUCAGAGAUGAGCUGGGAACAGAGAGAAAGAGUUCUCCGGCUGCUCUUUACCAAAAUGAAUGCCCUAAAUUCUAAGAAAGCAGUUCAUGAUUUGGCUCUGACAGAUUCUGAGGGGAACCAGUGUAUCAGCAAUCCCGGGAAUGAAGAGGAGGAUUCCCACUCGACCUUUUUAACCCAAGCUGAAGUUUCCAGUUUGAGCUCCAGCGAAAACUCCAGUGCUCUGCCAGAUGUGUAGAUCAUCAGAUACUAUUGCAGAUAAGAGAGAUAAAUAAUAUUAAAAUACAAGCACGUUACAUAUCAACGAUAAAAUCCCAGAAAGUGUUUAUUUGUGUCUGCACACACAAAAGAACCAAAGCGUGUUUUUGACAUGUACUGUGUACAUUUGUCAACAUUGUUGCAAGCAGGGGCGGAUUGGCCAUUGGACAAUUCUGGCAAAUGCCAGAAGGGCCGGACCAUUUUUUUAAAAAUGUGGGCCGGUCAGUAAAAAAAUAAAACAAAUAAAUAAUAAUAAUAAUAAUAAAAUAAUAAUAAUAAAUAAAUAUUAAGCAUUUUCCACCAAUUAGUGAUGGCCAGGUGGUUUUGAGAGAGGAACGACCCAAUCAAAGGUUACACCAACAUAAUCAAAAUCUGGCAAGAAUAUCAAACAAACAGUAAGUGCAACACAAGCAAUUUUGUCAGAGAUGGAUCAUUAAAGGCGGUGAAAAGUGGACAAAACCAAGCAGUUUAGAAAAUACAAAUUUAAAUUACAUUUUUUAUCAAGCAAUUGUGUUUUUUUUUUUAGGAUGUGCAAUGAAAUAACAGUAUUUAGUUAAAUUAAAACCAAAAACAGUGUCUUGGCAUAAAAAGGCCCAAAACCAUAUUAUUGUAAAUAGAUUUAACCCUCUACCACACGCAUUAUGAUAGAUUUAUAAAAAAAUGUUUGACUGCUUUCCUUUUGGGCUAAGCAGUGGCGCAGUAGGUAGUACUGUUGCCUCACAGCAA